GUUUUGCAAUCAAAGUUGCUCAAGAAAAUCGUGUUAAGAAAUCUUAUUGACUAUUUAAUUACUUGUGAGAGUUAUUUUAACUUACUUUUAAGUUGCAAAUAGCGUAUUAUAAUUUUUCAUGAUCAAUGUUAUUUUGUUGUGAUUUUUAACGAUAUGGAAGAAGAACAAUGCUUACAUGAAUGUGAAAGCUACGUACAAAGUCACAAUAUUCAGCUCUUACUCAAAGAUUGCAUUGUACAGCUUUGUGUAAAUAAACCAGAAAACCCUGUUCCAUUUUUGAGACAGUAUUUUCAAAAAUUAGAACGCGAGCAGGUUAAGGCUGCCGCAGCUGCUGCAGCUGCAUCAGAAGGUGAGGCUGAUGGUGAAUUAUCACCUUUGCCAGUUCCUAGUGUUCAGCCAUCACGACGACGAGGCGGCAUCAGUGCCGAGCCUGUUACAGAAGAAGAUGCUACUAGCUAUGUAAAAAAGGUUGUGCCGAAAGAUUACAAAACCAUGGGUGCUCUAUCUCGAGCAAUAGCUUCAAAUGUGUUAUUCACGCACCUUGAUGAAUCAGAAAGGGCAGACAUGUUUGAUGCAAUGUUUCCAGUACAAUGUCUUCCAGGUGAAACAGUAAUCAGGCAAGGGGAUGAAGGAGACAACUUUUACAUAAUUGACUCUGGUGAAGUUGAAGUUUUAGUAAAUGGUGAACCAGUGACAACAAUUGGCGAAGGUGGUAGUUUUGGUGAGCUAGCCCUAAUAUAUGGGACGCCGCGUGCUGCUACAGUGCGAGCACGAACACUCCUAAAACUGUGGGGUCUGGACCGUGAUUCGUACCGACGGAUCCUUAUGGGCUCCACAAUCAGGAAGCGGCGAAUGUAUGAUGAGUUCUUGUCGCGGGUCUCUAUACUGGAAAGUUUGGAAAAAUGGGAAAGGUUAACAGUGGCAGAUGCAUUAGAGCCUGUCUCUUUCACUGAUGGCGAAAUAAUAGUUCGCCAAGGUGAACCCGGAAACGACUUUUACAUCAUUGUAGAAGGUUGUGCGGUAGUACUUCAGCAGCGCAGUGGUCAGGGCGAGUCUGUGGAAGUUGGACGGCUGGGACCAUCCGACUACUUCGGGGAGAUCGCCUUAUUACUGGACCGACCAAGAGCCGCCACCGUGCGCGCCGCUGGCAGUCUUAAGUGUGUCAAACUAGACCGCGCCAGAUUUGAAAGAGUGCUGGGUCUAUGUGCUGACAUCUUGAAACGAAAUAUUGCACAAUAUAAUAGUUUUGUAUCUUUAUCUGUGUAACACGUGUUCAAAAAGUGUAAUUGUAUGUUUGUUAUAUAAUUUAUUUAUUUGGCUGAAUACGAAAAUAUUGGUAUUUAAUAACUUAUAUAAAGCGAAGAGCUUUUCCAGAAAAUAUUAAGUCUAUAUUUUAAUAUUUAAGAACAAUGUAAAUAUAUACCAUGUCAGAUCUCGCCAGAUAGAACUAAUAUUAUACUGAUUGGGAAUAUUUGUAUGAAAACUUGAAAUUCUUUCAUUUUCUUGACAAUAAAAUUCAAAUCAAAAAUAAAAGAAUCAAAACCGUUUGUUGCUAUUUUGAUAAAAGUACAGAAUUUAUCUUACAAAUGACGUUAUAAAUAAUCAAGAGAAGUG